GGGUUAGUCAAAAUUCAAAUGUUUUGAGGGGCAGAAGGUGAAUGGAUGAUUCAGUCCAGUCGCGUUACGAUCGCCAAAGGGAAUUGGCCAAGCGGCGACUUCUUUUCUGGGCAGGACGUCUGCAGCUGAUGCCUAACGAGGUGGCAAAAAUGUCGGAUGGGGAACUCAAUCGGCGAUGGCAGAUCAUUAAAAGAGAGGAAGACGCCUUUGACCGUCGAACGGCUGAGUUUAAGCGCUGGAAAGAGCUCCAUAAGCUAAGAUAUCUUAUGUACGAGGAACAGCGGAAGUACAACGAGCGCUUUGGACUCGAUGGAUCCUCCAUCUGGCGUAUCCUAGCUUUGGCCCAGCAGGAACUGGAGAACAAACUCCAGAUAGAUCGAAUGCGAGGCAGUUGCCAGCGUUUUCCCUCGCCCAUGAGUCUCAUGGAGGAGACAAACAGACAGAGCGGCGGAAGGCACGAGUUGCUGGAACCCCUAAAGUCAAUCCUUAUAGGCUAUAAUUCAGAUUCUGAAUCAGAGGAUGAUCUCAAACUAAAGAAGGUCACUCGGUACUUGCCUACAAGGUGGCCAAAUCGAUAUCAUUAUACAGAAAGAUCUGAACAAACCCAUGAUUUCUGUAAAGAAGCCUUUCAGGACUGCGAAUUCAAUAUUCAGGCGAAAAGCGAAGACUCCUUUAAAAGCGUUCGGGAACCUCCAAUUCUGGGCUUCUGUCCUCUCUGCGCCGAAAGACACCUGCGAUUGCCACCUCGCUUCUGACCAGGUGAAAAUAAAUCAAAAGGCCUACACCCUGUCCACUUUGUUUACAAUAUAUUCAUCUACACAGUGCGAAAAAAGUCUUCUGCUUGACAAAAUAUUUGAAUUUAAUAUAUCGAUCAAAAACUA